AUGCCUAGGUUCUCUGUCUCUUUCGGCAGGCGGCGAUCCACCGUCGACUCGGACGAGUUCCAUGAAGAGCCGGUAGCGACAAAGGAAAGGCCAACGUCUUUCCGUGUCUUGGAAAGGACCGAGGUUGUAGGCCAAAAGUCUUUCGACGGUGGACACAGACUCGUCAAGUCGAUCACGACGGCAAUUCCUCCCAAGAACAAUUACUCGGACCUGUCUCUCGAAGACAACAACAAUAACAACAGCAACAUGUUCGCGGACGUCAAGAACAACCGCAACGUCUCAACCACACCGUCUUCGGCUGACCUUGGCCACCAAGGGGCUCAGGAAGAAUGGAAAUCAUCGAUUAGGAAAUCACACACUGACGUGCCAGCUUCCAAGCACAGUUCCGGUGGAUUCCUUAGCAAAGCCGGCAGGACCUUUUCCUUCGGCGGUCAGAAGAAGCACCAAGCCGCAGCAUCCUCCGUUGACGAUCAUCCUCUUCCUCCGCCGCCUCCGCCGCCCAAGGCGUCAUCGGACGACGACUACAACAGGAGACCGCGAGGCUUGACAGACUCCACUGACAGGACUGUCACGCCCCCGAAGCUCAGCGAGGAGGACUUUGCCCUCGACUUUGGUAGCAAUUUCGGUACUAUGUUCAAGGGUUCCGGAUUUGACAAGAGAGCCAGCCAAAUGACGCUUCCCGGUAACGAUAAGUCCAACCUGGGACCUCGGUCCCUUACGUCGAACAGGGUAAACCAGCCUCAACCCUCGCCCAUCAAGAUUGAUCACUCCGCCAAAGUGGAGGCAUCGCCCUAUUCGUGGAGCAGCCAACACUCUCACGACAACCUGCUGCAUGACUCCGGUUCCAACUCCCCUACCACCACUGAACGCACAUCUGUCCCACCACCUGUGCCUCGACACGGCUCGCCGCUGGUAUUUCGCAACAAUGUGCCAUCCGACAUCAUUGAAGAUGAGGAUGCGACCCUUUUAAAGGACUCACUGGCAGCCAGCCGCUUCCUGGGUGGUUCGGGUCAAUCCAACAACCCGCACCCACCUGGCAGGUUUCGCCGAAAUGAAGACACGUUCUCGACAGCGUGGGAGGCAACUGACGGGAAGAAAGAAGAGGAGAACAUGUUUGACAACGGGAGGGCACAACAGCCGAAGCCGCCCACAAACCACAACCGCUACACGUCUAACAGCAACCAAAGUCCGCCUCGCAACAAAGUCAUGACUCCCGCCGAGUUUGAAAAGUAUCGCCGAGACAAGGAACGCGAUGACAACACUAGCGGGACAGCCAAGGCCUCCAACGACAGCCGCGAUGAUGACGAAGAUCAGUAUGACGAUGAUGAGGAUGACAUUGAGAAGGCGAAGCUGGCUGCCAAGCAGAGGAGGAAGCAGGAGGCACACAUGGCUGUCUACCGUCAGCAGAUGAUGAAGGUUACGGGCGAGUCCCCAAUGUCCGGUCCUUCCGGUCAUGCCACCCGGCCCAAUCUUUCUGUAUCACUCAGCACGCCGAACCUAGCCGUACCUUCAGGUCCGAUGACGGGUAGGUCUGACGGUUCCGAAGGAGAGGAGGACGAAGAAGUCCCGCUUGCCAUCUUGGCCGCACACGGCUUCCCGAAUAAGAACAAACCCCCAGCCCGGGUCAUGAACAUGGCAUCGAACCCUGACCUGCGGUCGUCGGUCCAUUUGCAAUCUGGUCAGCCUGCCAGGCCCGGGUCCAGCAUGGGCGAGGGAACUGGACCCAGAGGAACUAGUGGCGGACACCUGCCCGCCUUUGCGAGAAAGCUGCCGCAAGACCCAUUCUUGGGUGCUGGCCUCAUCAACGCCCCUCCCCGAGAGUCUCUGACGUUCGGCGGAGGCUCACCGGCACCCGGUGCCCAGGCGCCCGCCGUCCCCGUGGGUGGUUUAGUCGGCGUGAUCGCCAGCGAGGAACGAUCUCGAGCCAUGCGCAGAGGCAGCCCUAACAUGGAGGCACAGAAUGUCAACCCUUUCACAGGGGCCCCGGUCGACCCCAUCACCGGAAUCCCGCCGCAGAUGAUGUACAACAACAUGAACGGAAUGAACGCCAUGGGCGGUGGUAUGGGAGGCAUGCCGCAAAUGCCCCAGAUGCAACCCCAAAUACCCCAGAUGAUGCUUACACCGGGAGAUCAGGCACAAAUCCAGAUGACACAGCAGAUGCAGCAGUUCAUGCAAAUGCAGAUGCAGUUCAUGCAGAUGAUGGCGACGCCGGGUCAGAACAUGAACGGCAUGCAACGACCCAUGAGCCACGUCGGUACCCCCACGGUCCACGACAGCCAAAGACAGUCGUACUUUGGCGACUCGAUGCUGGACCUUCCACGACUCGACCUCCGAACGAGAACGAUGAGCAUGGUGCAGCCCAGCUCUUCGUCCUGGAUCCAACCUGGAGGAGGAUUUGCCCCAUCCAUUCAUGGAGGCAUGGGCGGUGGCGGCGGGUACGCACCCAGCAUCCACGCCCAAGGUGCCGGGUAUGCCCCCUCGAUCGCACCCUCGGAACGGAGCAACGUGGGCUUACCAGGCCGUUACAGACCCGUAACGCAAGCGCCCCAACUGGAUUCUAGCCGACACAUGUCAAUUAUGUCGGGAGCCAUGGGAUGGGACCAGCCGCCCAAGAUCAUACAACAACAUGAGACGAAGGCGCCUAACAAACCAGGCACCCACUCGGACGACGAUGAUGAGGAGGGCUGGGCCGCGAUGAAGGCCAAGAAGGAGAAGAAGAGGGGUCUGUGGAGAACGAAGAAGAGCAUUGGCAGCGAGAUUGGCGCAUUGAUCUCGUAG